AUGGGGGCUGUGGCUGUGGAUGCUGUGACUGUGGAUGCCUGGGCUGUGGCUACAGCUCCUGCAACGUUUGAAGCUUCCCUAGACAGGGCUGUGGCUAGGGCUGUGGCUAUGGAUAUAGCCCCCACUCUCUCUGUGUCUCUGGCUAUGGUUGCGGCUCUGGCUAUAACUCUGGUUUUGGCUACGUCAUGGAAGACUCUCACUCUGUACGCCUGGACAUCAGAAUUCACCAUCUCUAAACACAGGUCCUGUGCCUUUCCCUUGGCUGAUGAUUAUCCUGCAUCACGGAUGUGUAGCACAACCUCAACAACCAACACCAUGUGUGGCUACUACAGAAACUACUAUGGGGGCCGUGGCUAUGGAUGCUGUGGCUAUGGAGGCCUGGGCAGUGGCUAUGGCUCCUGCUAUGGCUGUGGCUUCCGUAGACUGGGCUGUGGCUAUGGAUAUGGCUACCCCUCUCUCUAUGGCUGCGGCUACGGAUGCGGCUUUGGCUAUGGCUCCGGCUUUGGCUACUACUAUUGA